AUGAUAUUGAAAUUGAAUUGUUUAUAAUUUAAGGCUGAAUUAAUGAUAGUUGAUUAAAUAAUAAAAAUGAUUGCAUUAAUAAUUUGCAUGGUGUAUUUUCUCUGUUUCUCCAUAGCAAAGAAAUGUUAAUGCAACGAAAUAUAUUUUGAGGACUUGUGUAGAGAUGCUAGAGGAUGCUAUUUUGAAACAAAAUCUGGAAUCUGUGAAGAAAUAAAUUGUCUUGAAAGAACAAGUGAAGAUUGCUCAUAUUUUGCCGGAAAAUUAAGAUGUUAUUGGGAUAUAACAAUAGGUUUUUGUUAAGAAUUGACAGGUUGCGAAGAAUUACAAGAAAAUGAUAAAGUUGAUUCUAACGAAGAAAAUUGUUAAGAAAUAGAUUGCCGGUGGGAUUAUUAAUAAAAAAUAUGCGUAUCUGAUGCUGAUCAGAGAUUAUGCUAAGAUUAUGAUGUGGAAUAUUGUGUUGGAGCAAUAUAGGUUGUAGGUACGUAAAAGAGUGAAUGCGUUUUAAAUGGAGAAAUGGGAGAAUCUUGUAUUUCUUUAGAAAAAUGUGAAGAUGUAAUAUAUUAAGGAUCAUGCCAUAAAUAAUUUUGUAAAUGGGAAGAGAAUUAAUGUUAAACAAAGACUUGUGUGGAUUAUAGUUUAGAAGAAUGUCCAAGUUUUAAUAAAUUAAGUCAAUAACAAUGUUAUCCUUCUCAAUCAGGAUGUGUUGAAUUCACUUGUAAUGAAUUUGGACUAAAAUUACAAUGCUAAAAUCAUCCAAGGUGUUUUUGGAGUUAAAAUCUCAAUUCUUGUCAUUAAUAAACAUGUGAAAAAGCUACAUAUGCAACCUAAUGUCUCAGUUUUAGUUAUGUAGUAGAAAACACAGAGUGUAAAUGGGAAAAUGAUGGUUGUCAUUCCUGCUACCUGAUUACAUUAGUGUUCUAUUCAAUUAUUUAUAUAUUCUAUUGA